GUCAGAUAGAGAUUCGUUAAUUUUUUCUUAUUUACUUGACCAAUAUUGAUUGUUUUUUUUUUCAUAAAUACAGCAAUAAGCAAAACGCGGCGGAUUUCCCCUCCAAAAUGAGCGCCGCAAUAACGUGGCGCACUUUCGUGCGUCGAAUAGAAAAUAUGGAUUUCGAAAGUAAAAUGCGUAUGGUUCGACGAUAUCCAAAACGAAGAUUAGCGAUAAUUAUUGGAGUUGUUUUAUUCGUCAUUUUCAUCUUCUCGCGAGGAACGUCUUCCGGCACAUCAUUCACAAAACAGCAUCAAUGUUCAGCGGAAAAGUUAAAAUUAUGGGAAAAAGAGAUUGAUGAGUUCGAUACAGGAAUUAACAAUCAAAGCGUAGAGUUUGUGGGAAAUGGAUAUAUUGGUGUUGAUUCAUUCGGACAAUUACGAGUUCAGGAGAAAAACCGAGUUCUCGAUGUGGAAACCAAUUUUUAUCCCGGGCUCAACAUUGAAAUUGACGGACAACAACCUGUUGAGGUUACAAAAAUGACGGAUUUCAAAAAUGGCAUUUUCAAAAUUCUGCGAUGUUUUUCAAUGGAUGGCGAAUGUGCAUGUGUGACGUCACAGAUAUGGGCUCAUCGAACUCGUCCAAACUAUUUUGUUCAAUUGAUACAAGUUUCCAAUCCAACUAAAUCAACGGUCCGACUCAACUUGUCUCGUCUUAGUUCCAACUGGUGGGCUCAUUCAAAAUUAGGCGAGCUGACGGUUCAUCAGCGGCAAGUUGCUAGAGCAUCGUAUGCUGUUGUUUGUACUGAUGCACCUGGAAAAGUUUCAGUUUCACAGAAAAGAGAAGAGUCAUUUCGGUUUACAUGCUCGAUUGCGUCGAAGCCAACAAGUGAAGAAGCUUCUCGGGAUGCUAUCCGAUUUUUCCAAUCAGGAAAAGACUCGAAAACUUUGGAUUCGGAGCAUUUUGACGGAUGGAGCAAGAUGCAUUUAACAGGAUUCAGUGUUGCGAAUUCGAAAGCACCAAAUACAUUAAACGGAGAUAGAAUUAAUGCAACAAAAUACAUUUUAAUGAGCAAUUUACGGGCUCCAACAAUUGAGCAUGGGGCUACUUUGGAAUCUGUAAAGCCUCUGGAAAAUUUGGCGCGGAAAAGCGAGCUCUGCUACACUGGUCAUUCAAAUCUUCUCUUCCCAUCACGUCUGUGGCAAGACUGGGAUACUCCGACAAAACUUUUUGAGCUCGUGAAUACAUGGAUGCUCACUUUCCAAAAACGAGGUUGCAACAAUCUUUUGAGCACUGGAGCAAUUGGAGCAUCACAAGCAUUUGUUCAAUCGUUGACUGCAUCGAGUUAUCACGAUUCUCAUUUGGAAGUAGCAUUGGAUGCUCAUGAUUUGCAUCGUGAAAUGAAUUUUCAUGGAAUUCCAGUUUAUUCGAAUAUGGGUGUUGUUGGUACUAUUCGAGUGGAUAUAAAAUUGGAUACGGAAAAUCGUCCUUAUUUUAUGGUUUCAUCUUCUAGUCAAUUAUUUGUUUGUGAUGGUGGAUGCCUCGAUAGCCCAGUUUCACUUGGAAAGACUCCAGUUCAAUUACCAGUAAAAGUCACGAAACCAGUAACAUCUCUUCUCUACAUUGCUCCAUCUCGACGACAUCUUGAACUCCUAAGAAAUGCCAUUCACGUGUCGGAAGUUGGUGCAGCACCGGCACACGAAGAAGAAGUUAUUGAAAUGCAUCGAUCUGGAGAAUCAACUGGAGGAAUGACAACAUUCUGGGUGUUCGUUUUUGUUGUCGUCGUCGCUUUUCAUCUGGUUGUCGCCAAAAUCGUUUGGAGCGAAUGGAGAAAAGGCGAUAUGACACCCUAUAAUCCGUAUUUGAGGAACCGAUAUUCUGCUAGGCCUCAUUAGAUAAUUUAUAUUGUUUUAAAGGUGGAGUGGAGUCAACUGCUUUAAAUGACAGAAAAUAUACCGUAACUAAAAAAAAUUUUAAUUUCUUUUUUGAUUCUUAGACUUCGACUACUUUUUGGAGAUAUCCGUUUCAAAUUCUCAAAUUUUACUGGUUUUUCUGUAAUUUUCUUUAGUGCUCUUAAUUUGAGAGGUGCAAAAUUGAAAAAAUCAUUUUUCAAAAUUUAGAAAAAAUGUUUAUAGUUAUAUUCCGUCAUUAGUGUCCAUUUUCUGUAAUUUAAAGUAAAAAAACAAUUUUGACUCUACUCCACCCUUUCAAUAACCCUUCUGCUCUUUUCUAGAUUGUACAUACAGGAAAACAAAUUCCUUAAUAAGGACCCUUCAUAUAUAAUUUAUAUACCGAAUCCUUGCACAUUCAUAUGUUUUAUAUAUUUUCUCUCUUUUCCAUUUUACAUCAUUUCCCUGCUACGUGUAGAGUAGGCCAAAUGCCUUCAGCCUUAACUUACCUAAUUUUCGUGUGUUCUUCUAUGAGCCUUAACGUCCCCGAAAUUUUUUUCUCUGUAAGUUAUAUAUUUAUUAAGAAAUAAUUAUAUUCAAAAUGGGUAUUUAUGAAAGAUUUUCAGAACUAUUACAA